AUGGAAAUUUUGUAGAAAUUUAUGACGUUCUACUUCAUACUAUUAUAUUUACCCUAUGGAAUCCUUUCGGAUACAAAACCUGAAUAAAUAAUCGCAUCCUUAUUACAUUAGGAAUUAUUUGAAGGGCAAUGGUAGUCAAAUUAUCCGAAUAUUAUGUAAUUUAAUUAUUUAACCCUUGAUUCUGGAUUCAUAAAAGUAAGGGUUGAAAAUGGAUAUCUUGAAUUUCUAGCUUUAAAUCCAAGAUAUGGUGAAGAUAAAUUCGUAGCUGGUAGUAUUCAACUUACAGAUUAUUCUGAAAUUAUGUCGUAACACUUCUUCUAUUGAUAUUUUAGAUCCUGGACUGGAGCAUCCAAAAUAUAUUACUAAGGAGGGGAAUAACAUAGCUAUCUUUGGUAUGAACCCUUUUGUAAUGGCACAUAUUAAGUCAAAUUAAAUCAGCAUGCUGAAAAUCUAGAUAUUGAUCAACUAUAAAUAGAUGUUUAUUUAGUUUCUAAUUCUGAAAUUGGUUAUCAUUGCUCGGCUAAUAUGAGUUUCAAUGUAAAAAGAGUAUAUGAUUACAGUUUUAUCAACUGUCUUGUCUUUUGCAUAGUUGCAACAAUAAUAUUGUUGGUCUAAUACUUUUCAGUUUCAAAGUUAUUAGAGCAAAUGCAAAAUUAAUAGAUACAGUUUGAACAGGUUAAUUUUAAAUCAAAGUUUUAUUUAGCUCUCUAGAUUGGGCUCAUUGAUAUCUAUGAUAAACGGACUAAACACAUUUUAUUUUUUUGUUGACAUAUUAUUUCAAAACUUUGUAAGAGUUUAAGCUUAUAUUUAAGAAUUACUAUUACUUUUUUAUAUUACCUACUGUUAUUUCAUUUUUGGACCUGUUCAAGGAUUCUAGCUUAUUCAACGUCCACUUUUAUAGCACUUAAUAGAAUAGAGAACAAAGGAGAGGAGCGUAAUUGGUAAGAUUUAUCGGUUUACUAAUAAUCCUAUGUAUUUUUAAAUUAUAUUCAAUUAGAGUUAUUUGUGUUUGGAAAUUUUAUAAUAUUUCAACUUUUUGGAUACACCUUUUAUGCAAUGCUUUUCUAAGCAUUUACUCUUUACCCUCAAAUCAUUCAUAAUUUAAGAUUAGGAAUUAAUUGUAAAUUUAACAAACUUUAGAUUUUUGGAUGCUUAUCGCCUAAAUUGUUUUUUUAUGUAAACUUCUAUUAAAUUAUAGCUCUACAUAAGAAGUUGUCCGGCUAAUGUAAAGGAUACUAAACCAAAUUACCUUUUUGUUGGAGUAUUUUUAGCUGUUUAUCUACUCUCUCUAUUGAUUCUCAUACUGCAAACCAAGUACAACCUAAAGUGUUUUAAACCAAAAAUUGAAAAACCCAAAAUGAUUAGUUAUCUGCAAAAAGUAAAAAUACAUGAUUCUAUGGAAUGCCCAAUCUGUAUAGCCCCUCUUCAUUCUAAACCAAGUGAAACUGAUGUACAACCCAUAAAUCAAUCAUUGUUAUGCGAAAUUAUGGUUACGCCUUGUUAACACAUGUUCCAUCAACAAUGCUUACUAAUUUGGAUGCAGGUUCAACAAAAUUGUCCAGUGUGUAGAGGUGUCUUACAUCUGGAAGAGAACAUCGAACAAUAAUGA